AUGACAGAAACUCAGGGAGCCGCCCCAGACACUGGGGGUGAACCCAUGGCCUUCCACUCUCAGAAGGAGAUGUUUGAGAAGAUGGAGGAAUCCUUUAAAGUGUGCGCACAUUGUGAGAAGAGGCCAAAUCAACUCUCAAACGCACAGAACCUGAAGCGCUGUGUGAGAUGUCUAAACGUGUACUACUGCUGCAGAGGCUGUCAGAAGGAGGACUGGCACAAACACAAGAAGCUGUGCGCGCUGCUGCGUCUUGCUGCCAUCGACAGAGUGGUGGAGUGGCUCAUGUUCAAAGGAGAGCUUCCAUUCUCCACAGAGCAGUGGUCGAAGCCGCUGUCAGAGGUUAAGGAUUGGGACGACUGGCUGGCGAUGCAGGGAGAUCUCACCUCUCGCCUCGAACCAAUUUUAAAUGGAACCAUCAUGUCAGAGCUGUGGAUCAACACGUGCAGACCUCGGCCUGAUGUCCCAGACCUCAAGCAGUCGCUGUGGCGGGUCUGCAGCGAGUUCUUCUCCCGGCCGCUCACCAUCGCCUGGGGGAUGAGGCUCUUUGGCCUGAAGCCUUUUUCCAAACCUCUCACCAUUCACCUGGUGGGCGCAGGCCACAGUGAGACCCUGGCUGCCAGACUGACAGACUAUGAUGAGCUAAACAACAUGUUCCCCGGGCACCAGGGGAUCGAGAUCGUCAUGGUGGGACCAGAGGUGGUGGACGGCCCAAUCAUGAGGCCUCCUCUCAGGGGGUUCGGCCCCAAGAAGGCGGUCUUCAUCAGCGCCUAUAAGGGGCUGUACCACGAGUUCUGGGAGGAGCUGGUGGAGAAAGCGGAAGCAGCAAAGCCGGACCUGGUGGUUGGAUUUCAUCCUGGGUUUGAUGCCAGUCAGGGUCUGGACCAGGGAUGGCUUCCAACUCUUCUGCUCCUCAGGGAUUAUGAGAUUCCUUCUGUUUUCACUGCUCUCACCGAGACAGAGAUGACCUACUCGCUGCAGAUCCUGCUGGAGCUGGAGAUGGACAUGAGGGGGAGUGGCGCCAACCCGUUCUCCUCGCUGAAACCAGAGGUGGUGGGUUCGAGUCCGGGCAAGCCCCCCGUCUACUGCAACUCCCACUACUUCUGUUUCCAGGGUCUGCUGGAGACGGCCGAGUUAGAGGAGCUGGAGGAGGCCUGA